AUGUGCCCGCUGCUGCUGCUGCUGCGUGUCUUCACCACCAACAACGGGCGCCACCAUCGCAAGGACAAGUUCUCCUGCGGGAACGUGCCGUCCAGUGAGCUGCAGAUCUACACCUGGAUGGAUGCAACCUUGAAAGAACUGACUAGUUCAGUAAAACAAGUCUACCCAGAAGCUAGAAAGAAGGGCACGCACUUCAACUUUGCAAUUGUUUUUACGGAUAUGAAAAGGCCUGGCUACCGGGGGAAGGAGAUCGGCAGCACCAUGUCGGGGAGAAAGGGGACUGAUGAUUCCAUGACCCUGCAGUCGCAGAAGUUUCAGAUAGGAGAUUAUCUGGACAUAGUGAUCACCCCUCGAAUUGGGCACCACCUCCUUCAGAGCGCGUGAGACCAUAUUAAACUUUAUUGACUACUAGAGGCCCGAUGCACGAAAUUCAUGCGAGGGUAGGCCUUCCGUCCCUCGGCUGCCGGCAUCGGCUUCCCUCUGGCACCCAGGACCUGGACUUCCCUCAUGGCCUGGCUUCGUCCGGAAGGUCGUCUGGAAG